UAAGGGAGUUGAAGUCACAGUCACUCACAUGUCAAUAGAAUCUCACACUUCCUCUGGUCAAACUAAAAUAUUACUUCUUUCUCUUUACCAAAAUUCUCUCUUUCUCUGUGCACAUUUUUCGCUUCUUUUUUGCCUGUGAGCUUAGGGUUUUUCUCUCUCCAUCUCUGUAGAAUCCACCUUGAAUGUUUAGCAAUCUGAGCGAAAUCUAGCGGUUCGUAGAGGAAAUUUUUUAAUUAAGUAGAUGCUAGUGAUCUCUGUUUUACGUGAAUUUUAGUGUAUUUCUAGCUCGAUCUUCGUCAGUGUCUGAGGAUUUGAAGAAACCGAUCGGGUUUGGUUCUCCAUUUAGUGAAGUGCAGUGAUGUGUUGAGUAAUGGCACUUAGACUUCCAGCUCCAAAGGCAGCUGAGGUUGCAAUUGGGUCCAUAGGGCAUGGAUAUGAUAUAACAGCUGAUUUAAGGUUGAAAUACUGUAAAGGGGGUGCAAAGGAUUCACAAUUAAUUGAGAUUGAUGAAGGUGGGGGUGGAGAGAUUGUUCUUCCAGGUGGGAUAUCAAUACCAAAUGUGCCUAAGUCAAUAAAGUGCGAUAAAGGGGAGCGGACAAGGUUUAGGUCUGAUGUCCUCUCUUUCCAGCAGAUGUCUGAGCAAUUCAACCAGGAAAUGUCAUUGACUGGAAAAAUUCCCUCUGGUCUGUUCAAUUCCAUGUUCGAAUUCACAGGUUGUUGGCAGAAAGAUGCAGCUAAUACUAAAACCCUUGCUUCUGAUGGAGUAUUCAUUACUCUUUAUACAGUUGCAUUAGAGAAAUCUCAAAUUGUACUUCGUGAUCAUGUUAAAAAGGCUGUUCCAUCAUCAUGGGAACCUGCAGCAUUAGCAAAGUUUAUUGAAAUGUUUGGCACUCAUAUUAUUAUUGGUGUGAAGAUGGGCGGGAAGGAUGUCAUAUAUGUGAAACAGCAGCAUUCAUCUAUUCUUCAACCAGCUGAUCUACAGAAGAGACUAAAAGAGAUGGCUGAUAAGAGGUUUUUAGAUACCAGUGGACAGUAUAGCAUGGCUUCUGAGCAAGUUUACCAGAGUAACAAGUUGGAAAUCAGGGAGCAGCGGCUGAGGUUUGCUGAUACCAGUUCCUCAAGUUCUUAUUCUCACAAGGAGGAUAUCAUGAUAAUUUACAAAAGGAGAGGCGGAAGUGAUAAACUUCUAUCCCAUAGUGACUGGUUACGCACUGUUCAAUUUGAGCCUGAUGUAAUCUCAAUGUCCUUUAUUCCAAUUACCUCUCUAUUGAAUGGAGUCCCAGGGAAUGGAUUCUUGAGCCACGCCGUAAAUCUAUAUCUACGAUAUAAGCCCCCAAUUGAAGAGCUACACCAGUUUUUGGAAUUUCAGCUGCCAAGGCAAUGGGCACCAGUGUUUAGUGAACUUCCCCUUGGGCCACAACGGAAGCAGCACAGUACAGCAUCUUUACAAUUUAGUCUCAUAGGCCCUAAGCUUUUUGUAAACACCAGUCCAGUUGAUGUUGGUAAGAGGCCGGUGACUGGUCUUCGGCUUUAUCUAGAAGGCAAACGAAGCAAUCGCUUGGCCAUUCACUUGCAGCACCUUUCAUCUCUUCCGAAAAUCUUCCAACUCGCAGAUGAUCCACAUGGUAAUUUCCGUCAGGAUUCCUAUGAUCAUAAAUACUAUGAGAAAGUACAAUGGAAGAAUUUCUCUCAUGUCUGUACUGCUCCUGUUGAGUCUGAUGAGGAACUUUCUAUAGUAACUGGAGCCCAAUUGCAAGUUGAGAAUUGUGGAUUUAAAAAUAUUCUCUUCUUACGAUUGCGAUUCUCGACUGUGUCGGGAGCUGCGGCUGUAAAGCAUCCAGAAUGGGAUGGAUCACCUGGGUUGGCACCUAAAUCUGGUCUCAUAUCAACAUUAAUCAGCCAUCGGUUCACAUCAGUGCAGAAGCCACCUCCAAGACCAGCUGAUGUGAAUAUAAAUUCAGCUGUGUACCCUGGGGGCCCCCCAGUGCCCGUUCAAGUCCCCAAGCUUCUUAAGUUUGUUGACACAACAGAGAUGACGAGAGGGCCCCAGGAAACUCCUGGCUAUUGGGUUGUUUCUGGGGCUAGACUAGUUGUUGAGAAAGGUAGGAUUUCUCUCCGGGUUAAGUAUUCCUUGUUGACUGCUGUAUUACCUGAUGAAGAUUUGGAACCAGAACACUAGCAGAAUUCAUCAUCCCAACCCCACCCAAUUGAACAAAGGUGAAAAGUACAGAAGUUGCAAAGGGGGAAGAACGGCAAAAGUUAUUGGCACUAAGGUUGCAAAUGCAGGAAGGUGCAAAAUGGAAAUAAUGAUUGAUUGGGAAGCAGUUGGCAAAUUGUUGUUGUAAUUUGUUCUCAUCACUGAUUUUUCCCCUGUAAUGUAAUUUUGCUUCCAUUGUAGAUUCCCCAUUUUGGUGCCUUCAAUCUUAUAACAAGGUAUUUUACAUCCUCA